GCGAUCCUAUGUCCCCUUCCGACCGAGGACCUGUGUUUGCGUUUCGUCCUGCCAAUCCAUCUCGUUCCAUUCGUCGCAACCCCUCACUGCGUCCGUUGCCGCCUCCUCCUCUGCUUAAAUGGUCGCAAGUUCGAGCCCGAGCCCGACCAUUCCUCACCCAUCCCUCAGCCGUCCCUUUGACAGCGCAGAGCGUCCCCCGCGACUCUUCCACAGCCUCCGCCAGGAGCGCAACUCCGUCCUCAGCCUCGCCGCUGACUCGUCCCAUCUCUUCAGCGGAGGACCCACCGGGGACAUCUCCGUAUGGGACAAAGACACCCUCAAGCUCAAAGCCACGCUCAGGGGACACACCGGCAGCAUCCUCGCCCUCGAGUACGCCGCCGACAAAGAGUGGCUCUUUAGUGCAUCUGGGGACAGCACGAUCCGUGUCUGGUCCACGCGCACCCUCUCGCCCCUCUAUCUCAUCAACCCCCACGGCGAGAAUGACGCUGGCGACCUCUUCUCCCUCGUCUGGUGCCCCGUCCUCCAGACAGUCUACUUCGGCUGCCAAGACACCUCCCUCCAGUGGUUCACCUUCCCCUCCGCGGUCCACUCGCAAGCGACCUCGCCCUCCUCCGUCCACUUCGUCAACGACGACCCGACAUCAAGCGGCCGCUCGACACCCACCUCUUCGCGGCGCGCACACAAGUUCUUCGACAGCUAUCCCCAGUACACCCGCCGUCCCGCUGACCUCUUCGCACGCAACCCGACGUGCUCCAACUUCCACGCGUCACAGUCCAACGUGCACACCCAUGGCGUUUCGCUCCCGCCGACACCCCCCUCGUCCUCCUCAUCGCUGCCCAGCACGUCCGGGUCCCCGCCGCGGGGCGACCCGUCCCCGCAUCGCCCGCUCGUCGUGCUCCAAGUCGAGCCCUCUAACGUGAUCUACUCCGCACACUAUGGUUACAUCUACUGCAUGGCGCUCGUGCCGAGCGUCCGCGAAGGCUCUGACGACCCGCCCUUCGACCGCGCGAGCGAGCGGCGCGACCUGCAGCUCGUCACAGGGAGCGGCGACGAGUCCGUCAAGCUGUGGCAGCUCGCGCCCGCGAACCCGACGCCGAUCCUGCUGCACACGUUCGAGUGCUGCAUGGGCGCGGUGCUCGCCGUCGUCGUCCGCGGCGAGACGAUCUACGCGGGGUGCCAGGACGGCCACCUCAAGGUGUGGGACCUCGAGACGCGCACGCUCGUGCGGGUGCUCAUCACCAGCGAGAAUGUCGACAUCCUUUCAUUAAGCAUGCUCAAGUCGGAUCUCUACGUCUGCCUGGCGAAUGGCGAGGUGCAGCGGUGGUCCGCGCAGUUCGAGCACACCGCGUCGUGGAAGGCGCACGACGGCAUCGUGCUGACGUCGAUCGUCACGCGGCUCUGCACGCCGGCCACCGUCGACGAGGGCAUCCUGUUGGACGGCGAUGCCCCCGAGCACGACGGCGUCAAGUUUGCGCUCGUGACGGGCGCGAACGACGACCAGAUGAAGAUCUGGGAGGUCGACCCGCCGAAAGCGCGGAAGAGCGCGCACCUGUCGCUCCUCACCGACCCCGACAUGGAAUGGGGAGACUCCGGCAAUGAAACGAUGGUGUACGCGCUCUCGAAGUUCGUGUCCAUCCCGAGCGUCAGCAACUCGCCGGCGCAUCGCGAAGACUGUCGCCAGGCCGCGAUCUGGUUGCGCAAGUGCUUCACGCAGCUCGGCGCGGAGGCGUGCUUGUUGCCCACGGGCGAGACCACGAACCCGCUCGUGCUGGGCAACUUCCGUGGGAACCAGACGAAGCGCAGGCGGCCACGAAUCCUGUUCUACGGCCACUACGACGUCAUCGCGGCGUCGCACCACGGGUGGUACUCGGACCCGUUCACGCUCACGGGUAGGAAUGGCUACCUCUAUGGCCGUGGCGCGACGGACAACAAGGGCCCGGUCAUGGCAGUCGCGUGUGCGGCGGCUGAGCUUCUCGGGCGGCGCGCGCUGGACCUGGACUUGGUCAUGCUGAUCGAGGGAGAGGAGGAGGCGGGGAGCGGGGGCUUCGUGGAGGCUGUUAAGCGCAACAAGAAUGCGAUCGGGCCCGUCGAUGCUAUUCUUGUGAGCAACUCCACGUGGAUCGCGGAGGACACGCCCUGCAUCACCUACGGCCUGCGCGGCGUCGUGCACUGCAAUGUCCAGAUCUCGAGUGAAGGCCCCGAUCGCCACUCCGGUGUUGACGGCGGCGUGACGGUAGAGCCCAUGCUCGACAUGCUCAAGCUCCUGGGAACGUUGACAGACGGCCAGAACAUGGUCUCCAUCCCUGGCUUCUAUGACAGUGUGCUGCCCUGCACGGACCAGGAAAAAGGGGUCUAUGCUGUGCUAGCGAACAUCACGAAGACGCCAGCCGCGCAUUUGUCGUCUCGCUGGCGGGAACCGUCGCUGACGGUGCACAAUGUGGAGGUGUCUGGGCCCAGAAAUUCUACGGUGAUCCCUGCAACUGUGAAAGCGCACGUCUCAGUACGGAUCGUGCCCGACCAGGACCUAGAGACCAUCGCGAAUAGCCUGCGCGAACAUCUGACUGCUGCGUUCGUGACGAUGCAGUCACCAAACAAGCUCAAGGUCAGCAUUGAUCAUACGGCGGACUGGUGGCUGGGAGACCUCGACGGCCCCUGGUUCCACGCGCUCGAGACCGCUGUUCAAGCAGAGUGGGGCGUAGAGCCCUUGCGUAUCAGGGAAGGAGGGUCUAUACCGUCCGUUCCCUACCUUGAAAAGGAGUUCUCGUGCCAUGCACUCCAUCUUCCCCUCGGUCAGAGCUCGGACGAGGCGCACUUGCCGAACGAGAGAAUCUCGCUGUCCAACCUCCGAAGGGGAAAGCAAGUCGUCGAGCGGUUCCUGCUCAACGUCGGCAAGUCGGACUUGCCCCGGUCACCUACGGAUCCUGACCUCCCGGGCCUUAACUUCUGAUUGAGGUAUCGCUUCAAGGUCAAGUAACAUCGUGCCAAAAGUUAUCGUAAGAUCGUCUUAGUCUCGCUACGCACUGCGCAUUCUUAAUACCCGCAUAUAAGUUCUGUGUAUCUAUACAUUGGGACAUUCUUCGGAUAUCCGUUUCGUGUACAUUUGUAACUGUAUCUUCACUUUUUGUUGUAUAUCUUGUACGCUUUGCUAAAACCUUCAUAACGUCAGAGGAAAUAAUUGACCUUUGCCAUCUAGCUGACCUUUAGCGAUGCGCUGACCGAGUCUCUCC